GUUCAUUUGGAUGGGUGUGAUGACAUGGAAAACAGCACAUUUUAUUAGUCUCCCCAAAUCUUGAGGAAGAGAUGCUUCCGUGGUCCAACUAUCUCAAACAGAGCCUAUAUAAUAGGUUGCUGGUGAUUCUAUUGAUGACAAUCUACCAAGACUUAACAGGUGAGACAGGAGGUGUUCAGGCCUGGACAUAUAACUACAGCGUCAACCAGAAUCUGGACUGGGAUUCGGCCCGCCAGUGGUGCAGGCAGGACUACACGGACAUGGUGGCCAUCCAGAACCAGGAGGAGAUUGUCUACCUCAACACCAUGCUCCCUAAGAACUCACAAUACUACUGGAUCGGCCUCCGCAAGGUGAAUGAGAUGUGGACCUGGACGGGGACUAACAAGACACUGACCAAAGAGGCGGAGAACUGGGCCGUCGGGGAGCCCAACAACGUAGGGGACGGACAGGACUGUGUGGAGAUCUACAUCAAAAGAGGAAAGGACGAAGCCAAGUGGAACGAUGAGAGAUGCACAAAAAAGAAGGGAGCCCUGUGCUACACAGCUUCUUGCUCAGAGCAUUGCUGCAGCGCCCAUGCAGAGUGUUUAGAGAACAUAGGGAACUACACCUGCCAAUGUGACCCUGGCUUCAAGGGCCCCCGGUGCCAGGAAGCCGUAGAGUGUGACACUGUGUCGGACCCAGAGCAGGGUUCAGUGAACUGUGACCAUCCUCAUGGGCUGUUUGCCUUCAACUCCUCUUGCCAGUUCCACUGUGCCCAGGGAUACCAGCUGCAGGGGGCAUCACAACUGCUCUGUCAGGCCACAGGGUUCUGGGACCACCCUGCCGCUCAGUGCCAAGUCAAACAGUGUCCACCGCUGGACAGUGGUCCUCAUAGAGGGACUAUGAACUGCAGUAACCCCAUCGCCCUGCACAGUUAUAACUCCACCUGUGAAUUCAGCUGUGAUUUGGGGUUUGACCUAAUAGGACCAGACAGGAUUCAGUGUGACCACACAGGACAGUGGACAGGCAACGUCUCCAACUGCACAGUGGUGAGGUGUGGCCCCCUGUCCCCUCCUGCCAUGGGGAACAUGUCCUGUGUGGAUCCCCUGGGGGCUUCCUCCUUCACCUCCUCCUGUGGGUUCUCCUGUGAGGAGGGCUACCUGCUGAGAGGAGACACCAACCUCACCUGUUUAUCUACUGGACAAUGGACCAACCACACACCUGCAUGUGAACCUCAGCAGUGCGACAUCUUAACCUCUCCCCCGCACGGCUCCCUGAACUGCUCUGGCCUCCAUGGUCAGUUCCACUACGGGUCCCAGUGUCUGUUCUCCUGUGAGGAGGGGUUCCUGCUGAACGGGUUGGCUGAUACAGAGUGCACCUCCCUGGGCACAUGGAGCAGGAGAGCCCCCCUCUGUCUCGUGGUGAGGUGUGGUCGCCUGUCCCCUCCUGCCAUGGGGAACGUGUCCUGUGUGGACCCCCUGGGGGCUUCCUCCUUCACCUCCUCCUGUGGGUUCUCCUGUGAGGAGGGCUACCUGCUGAGAGGAGACACCAACCUCACCUGUUUAUCUACUGGACAAUGGACCAACCACACACCUGCAUGUGAACCUCAGCAGUGCGACAUCUUAACCUCUCCCCCGCACGGCUCCCUGAACUGCUCUGGCCUCCAUGGUCAGUUCCACUACGGGUCCCAGUGUCUGUUCUCCUGUGAGGAGGGGUUCCUGCUGAACGGGUUGUCUGAUACAGAGUGCACCUCCCUGGGCACAUGGAGCAGGAGAGCCCCCCUCUGUCUCGCUCAGCAGUGCGACACCUUAACCUCUCCCCCGCACGGCUCCAUGAACUGCUCUGGCCUCCAUGGUCAGUUCCACUACGGGUCCCAGUGUCUGUUCUCCUGUGAGGAGGGGUUCCUGCUGAACGGGUUGGCUGAUACAGAGUGCACCUCCCUGGGCACAUGGAGCAGGAGAGCCCCCCUCUGUCUGGUGGUGAGGUGUGGCACCCUGUCCCCUCCUGCCAUGGGGAACGUGUCCUGUGUUGACCCCCUGGGGGCUUCCUCCUUCACCUCCUCCUGUGGGUUCUCCUGUGAGGAGGGCUACCUGCUGAGAGGAGACACCAACCUCACCUGUUUAUCUACUGGACAAUGGACCAACCACACACCUGCAUGUGAACUGGUCCAGUGUGAGAACCUAUUGCCCAGACAGCCAUCUCCACCACCCACUCCAUCCUCAACCCCACCAUCAACCCAGGGACCCUUCAUGAACUGCUCACACUACCUAGGGGAGUUUAGCUUCAGCUCUCUGUGCCUCUUCACCUGCAGCAAAGGUUACUAUCUGAACGGAACAGAAGAGCUAUCCUGCACCUCAGAGGGACAAUGGAGUGACCUUGUGCCCUCUUGCCAAAGAAACAUCAACACUGUCCAAGAGUCCUCUAGGAUGCUGGUCUAUGCAGUGGUGGGAGCUGCCUCUGCUGCUGGGCUGUUACUACUGCUGGGACUGGGCAUGCUGGCCGCAAAGAAGCUCAGCAAGAAAAGUGACUUCCACUUUGAUAACUCGUUAUGGGAGGAAAGAGAGAACCCUGCUUUUGAAAAUUCUUAAAAAAUAAUGUGUUUAAUGACAUUGUACUGUAAAACAAGGUUUUGUAUAACGAGUUAAUUGCUUUCAAUGUAUUUAAAGACAUCACUGUUCCUUCUAUACCUAUUUUUGUGUAUGGGCUGUUAAUGCUGUUAUAACUUUUGGGCGACCCGACCAGAUUCACGUAGAAAUGUGAGUUAUAGAUAUGUAAUUAUUGAAAAUAAGUCUAAGAAGCUGUUAUAUCUGUUCUAUGUAUACUAUUUCUAUGCUUCCCAUUCUUAAGUUUAGUUUUUGGCAUCUUUUACUGUCUGGUUUUUGUACACCAGCUUCAACCAGCUGAAAAUGCUAUAUUUCUGGGCGAUUGAAAAUAUAUUUCACAGCGAUUUAGAUGGUACAAUGAUUCUCUACACUCUGUUUUGUGUAAAUUAGGAAAACUAUUAUAAUUUUAUCAACUAGGAAAUGGCGGAGUGAUUUCUGCAUAUUUCACCUUUUUAAUGGCUGUUAGAUGUGUAGGAUUUUAAUUUGACCCGUAUUGUCACAGCAAAAUAAUCUGGCAUCAACAGGAUUUGAACAUUUAGUGCAUUCACACUUUUCCGUGAUGUAAUGUUGCUUGAUCGGUGGUUAGGCUAUAAGCUGGCCGAAAUGGGGCUACAUUACAGUGCAAUAAUGUUAAUAUAAUCGUGUGUUAGUGGUUUUCAGUGAAUUUAUGUCCAUCCUGCAGCGCAGGAAAAUUCUCAGCGACAACAGGCUGAUCAAAUGAAGAUCCCAUAUCUGAAUGUAGCUUGUAGUCAAACUCAUGGCUUUCUAUGUUUCUCAUCAUGUUCACUUGGACAAAUGUUGAAUUCAAUAUAUUGAGAUCAAUAGAAUGCGCAGAAUGUGCAGUGCUAUAAAAAAAAGUCAUUUAUUUUUUAUGAAUAACAAAACAAAACAAUAUAUAUAUAUACUUAUUUUAUUUAUUUAAUUAACAAAAUUAUGCCACACCCAAUUCCCCUGUGUGAAAAGUAAUUCCCCUUUACACUCAAUAACUGGUUGUGCCCCCUUUUAGCUGUAAUGACUCCAACCAAACACUUCCUGUAGUUGUUGAUCUGUCUCUCACGUCGCUGUGGAGGAAUUUAGCAAUUAUUGUGUUAUUUGUUCACUCAGGUUCCCUUUACCCCCCUCUCACACUGCCUCACUGUCCACCUCUGUCCACCUCACCCCCCUCUCUCCCUGCCUCACUGUCUACCUCACCCCCCUCUCACCCUGCCACACUGUUCACCUCACCCCCCUCUUACCCUGCCUCACUGUUCACCUCACCCUCCUCUCACCCUGCUUCACUGUCCCCCUCCUCCACCUCGCACCCUGCCUCACUGUCCCCCUCCUCCACCUCGCACCCUGCCUCACUGUCCCCCUCCUCCACCUCGCACCCUGCCUCACUGUCCCCCUCCUCCACCUCGCACCCUGCCUCACUGUCCCCCUCCUCCACCUCGCACCCUGCCUCACUGUCCCCCUCCUCCACCUCGCACCCUGCCUCACUGUCCCCCUCCUCCACCUCGCACCCUGCCUCACUGCCUACCUCUCUCCCCCACCUCAAUGCCCACCCCACCCCACCCCAUCACUCCCCCUGCCCAUCUCACCCCUUUCUAACCCCGCUCUCUCUGGAGGCUGGAGGGUUGCUAGGUGACCACAAGGUGUCGACCUGGCAUGUAGUGUCCUGCCUGUCUGACAGGUGAUCCAUCAUCUAAACAUUGAUAGUAUUGUCAGGGUUGGAGUCAACUCCCUUCCAACUCCAUCUAUUUCAUAAUGUGGACUGAAACGGAAUGCUCUCAUGAACAAGCCAACAUAACCCUUAAAUAUGACACUGUUAGGUAAUUUGGGGAUAUUAGCAAGCUAGGAGCAAUACAACCAUUAUUUGUAGUAUUUAUAAAGAAUUGUGUGGGCCUUUGGAUAGCCUUGACAUGAGGCACUUAACUGAUCACAAUAUGAGUUUUAAUCAGUGUUGGGGGGGUAGUAAACUAUAUGUAGUUUAACUAGUAAUUUAACUACAUUAGCUUGUUGGCAAUUGAACUAAAUUCAAAUCUUGGUAGUGUUUUCAGUAGUUGAUUACUUUGUAGUGAUGUAGCUAACUGUUGGAACAACACACUACAUUUUUGCACCAAACAAAAAUAAAAUAUGUUUGAAGUAGGCAAUAUAUAUAUAUAUAUUUUUGUUGCAUCAGACCUGCCUAAUUCUCAAUUGAAACACAGCUUUUGUGUUUAAUAGGCUAAAUGACACAUUCUGACACCAGAGUGAUCUAUCCUGCCAAUUUGUAGUCUAUGACAUUCCCAGCCUGGUCUCAUAGAUUAAACGUAAACAAGUAACGUAAAUCCUGGACACUCAAAUGAGUUUGAUAUGUUACAUUUGGUAUGGUUACAUGAGACAGAUGGUUACUAAAGGUAAAAACAAAAGGAAGGCGAUUGGUCGGGGUGGAUGGAUGGGUGUAUAACGCAAACGUCUGGCAACCCAAAGGCGUGUUCGAUUCUCAUCACGGACAACUUUAGCUAAUUCGCAACUUUUCAACUACUUUUUAGCUACUUAGCAUGGUAGCUAACCCUAACAUUAACCCUAACCUUACAUCUUUAACCUAACUCCUAACCUUAACCUUAACCCGAACCUUAACCCUAACCGUUAGCCAAGCUAACAUUAGCCAGCUAGCUAUUGUUAGCGUUAGCCACUUAGCUUAAAUUAACCACAACAAAUUGGAAUUCGUAACAUAUCAUACGUUUUGCAUGAUCAUAAUAUAUGGUACGUUUUGCUCAUUCGUAAAGUACGGAUUGUAAUUCGUAACAUAUCAUGCGAAAUGUGUGAUGGACAUCCCCCAAAUUAAUACAAACCAUACAAAAACGUAACAUAUCAUACAAAAUGGAGUGUAUUUAACAAGUUAUACGAAAUGCUCUGAGACCAGGUUAACAUUUCAGAUCAAGAUAUGAUCAUCAUUUUUCAAAGUAAGUAAUGUUCAGUAAUCUAUAUUUUCCAUAAAGGGAGCUUUAGCGUAGCUUAGAUUCUUCCAAUGUGAAGCAAUUGGUAGCUUGGUAACAGUGGAGGCUGCUGAGAACGGCUCAUGAUAAUGGCUGGAACGGAGCCAAUUGAAACCAUGUGGUUUUGAUGUGUUUUAUACCAUUCCACUGAUUCCGGUUCAGUUAUUAUCAUAAACCAUGUGUUUUAUACUAUUCCACUGAUUCCGGUUCAGUUAUUAUCAUAAACCAUGUGUUUUAUACCAUUCCACUGAUUCCGGUUCAGUUAUUAUCAUAAACCAUGUGUUUUAUACCAUUCCACUGAUUCCGGUUCAGUUAUUAUCAUAAACCAUGUGUUUUAUACCAUUCCACGGAUUCCGGUUCAGUUAUUAUCAUAAACCAUGUGUUUUAUACCAUUCCACUGAUUCCGGUUCAGUUAUUAUCAUAAACCAUGUGUUUUAUACCAUUCCACGGAUUCCGGUUCAGUUAUUAUCAUAAACCAUGUGUUUUAUACCAUUCCACUGAUUCCGGUUCAGUUAUUAUCAUAAACCAUGUGUUUUAUACCAUUCCACUGAUUCCGGUUCAGUUAUUAUCAUAAACCAUGUGUUUUAUACCAUUCCACUGAUUCCGGUUCAGUUAUUAUCAUAAACCAUGUGUUUUAUACCAUUCCACGGAUUCCGGUUCAGUUAUUAUCAUAAACCAUGUGUUUUAUACCAUUCCACUGAUUCCGGUUCAGUUAUUAUCAUAAACCAUGUGUUUUAUACCAUUCCACUGAUUCCGGUUCAGUUAUUAUCAUAAACCAUGUGUUUUAUACCAUUCCACUGAUUCCGGUUCAGUUAUUAUCAUAAACCAUGUGUUUUAUACCAUUCCACUGAUUCCGGUUCAGUUAUUAUCAUAAACCAUGUGUUUUAUACCAUU